AUGAAGCCGCUCCUGCUCAUGGUAGCCUUUCUCCUACCCCCCAGGGCUUGGGCAGGGGAGAUCAUCGGAGGCCAAGAGGCCAGGCCCCAUUCCCAUCCCUACAUGGCAUAUCUUCUGACCCAGACUCCAGUGGGUCUAGGCACUUGCGGGGGGUUCCUGGUGAGAGAAGACUUUGUGCUGACGGCAGCUCGCUGCUGGGGAAGCCCUAUAAAUGUAAUCCUGGGGGCCCACAACAUCGAGAGGCUGGAAAGCACCCAGCAGCGAAUAUCUGUGCUCAGAGCCAUCCGCCACCCUGAAUAUGAUCAGCAGACCAACCUGAAUGACAUCAUGUUACUGCAGCUGGAGAAUAGCGCCAGACUGAACCGAAACGUGAGGCCAAUCACUCUGCCUCUGACCCCGACCAGGCCGAGUCCUGGGACCAAGUGCACCGUGGCAGGCUGGGGCCUGGUUGGCCCGUCUGCUAGAACAGACGUACUCCAGGAUGUGCGGCUGAGAGUGCAGAGGGAUCAGGAGUGCAGUGAUCGCUUCGAUUUCUACACCCGCCAAACACAGAUUUGUGUGGGGGACCCGAGGAAGAGGAAGUCCACCUUCCUGGGGGACACUGGGGGCCCCCUGGUGUGUCAACAAGAAGCCAAGGGCAUCGUCUCCUAUGUAAAUAGGAUGGGGGCUCCUCCAGCAGUCUUCACCAGCAUUUCCAGCUUCCUUCCCUGGAUAAGGAGAACAAUGAGACGCUUCUCUCCACCCUACCAGAGACCCCCUAAUAAUAUUAAAGUACAAUCCACCUUCCGUAUCCCCCUGUGGAUUCAACACAUGGGGACCAACAAGCCAAUGAUGGUAGCGUCCUACUGA